UUUUCCUCCAAUCCUUUUGCUAUUUUAACCAUUCAUUUAAGCAAGAAAACAAACCCAGAUUUCAAUAAAUACCAUUCUCUCUCUCUCUCUCUCUCUCUCUACGCUUGGUGAAUAAGUUUAAUUGCAUUGGGAGAGGAGUCUAAAAUAAACAGCUUUGUUUUUUUUUUUUUUUUUUUGAUUUUUUUUUAUUUUAAUCAAGGCCUUGAAGCUAAACUGAGCAGUUCUGAUUCUGCAACUGCGAACGCAAGGGGAAAGAAAAAAUGGGUGUUGCUAAUCAUGAAGCGAUCAAGCAGUUUCAAUCUUUAAUGGACCAAAUCGAUCAGCCACUCAAGGAUACAUUUCAGAAUAUGCACCAGGGUUAUCCAAAUGAAACAUUACUGCGAUUUCUCAAGGCAAGAGAGUGGAAUGUUUCCAAGGCCCACAAAAUGUUGAUUGAUUGUUUACAGUGGAGAAUACAAAAUGAGAUUGAUAACAUAUUGGCGAAACCAAUCAUUCCAGUUGAUUUAUAUAGAGCAAUUCGAGAUUCACAGCUUGUUGGAUUAUCUGGUUACACUAAAGAGGGUCUUCCUGUCGUUGCUGUUGGUGUUGGGCUGAGCACAUUUGAUAAAGCAUCUGUCAAUUACUAUGUGCAGUCACACAUCCAAAUAAAUGAAUACAGAGAUCGUGUAAUAUUGCCUGCUGCAUCCAAGAAAUAUGGAAGACAUAUUAGCACUUGUGUCAAAGUUUUAGAUAUGACUGGCUUAAAGCUUUCAGCAUUGAAUCAAGUAAAGCUGUUGACUGUUAUAUCUACAGUUGAUGACUUAAACUAUCCAGAAAAAACAGAGACGUACUAUAUUGUCAAUGCCCCAUAUAUAUUUUCAGCAUGUUGGAAGGUUGUAAAGCCUCUUUUACAAGAAAGAACAAGGAAGAAAAUUCAGGUGCUGCAAGGUUGUGGAAGAGAUGAAUUGUUGAAGAUUACGGAUUAUGCAUCCCUUCCGCAUUUUUGUAGAAAAGAAGGAUCUGGCUCAUCUCACCUUACAGGGAGUGGAACAGCUGGCAAUUGUUUCUCCUUGGAUCAUGACUUCCAUCAACAGGUAUACAAUUAUAUCAAACAUCAAGCUGCUCUUUCAGAACCCACUGCACCAAUCAGGCAGGGGUCAGUCCAUGUUGAUAUCCCAGAGCCAGACCCAGAAGAUGCCAAGAUUGCUAAGACAAUUGAAUCCGAGUUCCAAAAGUUUGGAGGUUUGAAUGGACUCUCCAACUCGUUAAACGGGCUUAAAGUUAACGGUCAUUAAAAAAGUUAGAUAGUAACAAUUUCAAAAAUCCCUGCUGAUACCACACCAGAACCAACUCUUGGUGGCUGAUUCAUGGGGACAGCUUUGGAGGCAAGUCUUUGUACUUCAAUUACUGAAUACAUUAAUGCUCACUUGCAUCAUCUCGAUGCAGGUUUGGCAAGAUAAAGCAAUAUUUUUGUAGAUUGAUUUACCACUUUGGAGUGGAUAAUUGUAACUCUGGCAUUUUAUGACCUUUUUAACUCUUGUGCUAGAGUAAAUUGCUAUUCCAUCA